AUGCCUGAGCCAAAGAAGAAGAAGACGAAGGAGGAAAAGGAGGCAGAGCGAAAGAAGGCCGAGGAGGCGCGCCGCCUGGCCGAGGAGGCCCGCCUGCAGGCGGAGGAGGAGGCCCGGCGGCUGGCGGCGGAGGUGGAGCUCAAGCGGCGGCAGCUGCUCGAGCAGCACCUGGCGGUGCAGGCGGAGCGCGUGCGGCGGCAGCGGUGCGAAUAUGGACAAUAA